CUUUCUCCUAGAGCUAUCGUCAAAUGGAUGACUCUCCGACGCCUGCGAACAUUAAUUCAAGUAAACACCCUUCUCUGUAUUUCGAGGAUGGUGACCUUGAGCUGUCCGCCGAAACGUCGGGUGGGUCUCAACAGCUCUUCCGAGUCUAUGGAGCACAACUUCGUUGCGUCUCGCCUGUCUUCAGCGACGUGCUUGCCUUGGGUGGACCUCGGGAUGAAAUUGUUAUGAUGCCGGAUUCUGCGGAGGAUCUCUCGGCCCUCUUAGAGUUUGUGUGCAUCCCUAGCUCUCUCGUCCGCAGAUUGAAGACCACCCCUGAGUCGCAAUGCGCGGUCGAGCUAUUAGGGCUUGCUAGAAUAGCGAGAAAGUAUAGGGCGGACGACAUCACCGCUGUGAUCGUAGAGCACGUCGAGGAGCAGUGGCCGCGGGGCCUUAAGGCGUGGGACGCCUCUUGCGCUAUCUGGAGAACCAAGCUGGAGACUGUCGCGACGGGAGAGAGCGUCCCUGAACGGCCUGAACCCGUCUCUGCCAUCAAAUUCGCGUUGGAGUUUGAUGCGCCUUCUAUUCUGCCCGCAGCAUUUUACAUGCUCUCCGUGCAGGGUUUCGGCGGCACCACCACCACCACCACCACCGCGUCGCCGGGUGCGAAAGGCGUGCCUUCCGCGGCGCGCUGGGAUCUCGCGGACCCUGCGAUACUGCUCAGUCUCAUCCGCGGCAGAGACAGAGUGCGAAGCAAGUUUCUGGAGUGCCUCGCGCCCUUGUCUUGCUACCCUACUCUCGUUACCAGUUCAGGGCUGUCUUCGAGAAAAGACAGGUCUACCAUCGCCCUUUGCAACCGUAGCAAGGAUGCGAUUCUAGGACUGCUGAUGUGCGGCCGCUCUGCGCCUUCCCUGUGCGGACAGUGGGAUUAUUUAGAAAUCCUGCGACUAUGCUACGAGCAAGUCAAGGUGUGCGAGGGGAUGUGAAUGGUGCGUCUGUCGCAGUUACAUUGCCUCGCAUUAACAUGAGGUCUGGUCCUGCUUCUGUAACCCGUCCUGCUCUUCCUCGUCCACUACAACUCCUGCCUCGAUCAGCUGGCAAAGCUCCCCUGUCACCCACGCCCACCCGCCGUUGCGUCGAUAAUAACGCGUGUACACGAAAACUUGCCUGUUCGCCUUGCGAAAUCUUCGCUUCCGUAGGGGCCAAUGCCGCGCGGCGGCAAUGGAGGUGCUCGCGGAGCAGAAACCUAGACGCGGUCUAGGUGGAUAGCGUUCCAUGCGAGGGCUCGCGGAGCGCACUCGACGGGGUGCUAUCGCUUUGUGCAAUGACCCAGACGCGGUCUGGGUGGAUGACGUUCCAUGCGAGGGCUCGCGGAGCACACUCGACGGGGUGCCAUCGCUUUGUACGUGUCCGAAUGGACAAUGCUCGCGGAGCAGAGACCUAGACGCGGUCUAGGCGGACGGCGUGCCAUGCGAAGGCUCGCGGAGCGCACUCGACGGGGUGCCAUCGCUUUGUACGUGUCCCGCUGGGACAGAGCAGAGACCCAGAACGCGGUCUGGGUGGAUGGAGUUCCAUGCGAGGGCUCGCGGAGCACACUCGACGGGGUACCAUCGCUUAGGUGUGUCCCGCGCUGCGGGUACGAGGCUCGCUGAGCCGUAGGAUGGACUACGUCCGUUUGAAGUUUAGGGCGACCGCUCGAGGAUGUGAUCAGCGCUAGGUAUAGCAGGUCAGCGCGGAGAAGAAAGCGGGGACGACGUACUGCUGUGUCUCUGUUCGGACGUUUGUCGUGUUUGCCGAGUUUUGUGCGAACAACUUACGCAGGGAGGCCUUGACUAUCAGCUCACGAACGCGAGCCUGGACAUCAGUUGUGAGAAGGUAGCCAUUUAUCGACAAAAUUUACUACAGUACGUACAGUACGGAGUCAUAUACCCACAACCUAUCAUUAGCAUCGCAUCCUUCCUUGACCGCCAACUUCGUCGGCAGCGCAUGCGGAAUACACGCGUGAUCUUGAAGUCGACUGCAAGAUGCGGUCAGCAAAGUGGCCCCGUUAGAGCGCAUGCUUGAGAGAAUAGGAAAUCAUGGCGACGAAUGAAUACUGGGAACGCACCUGGUUUAGCGUAGAGUACAGGUGCGAGUGCUGGUUGCCUCAGGGGCCUACACGAGCGCGACGUUGAAGGUCAACAUGAAUGUGAGCAGUCAGCAGGGGACGCAGCGCACUUCGAGAUGUUGGCUUCUCGGGGGACUCCCAAGGCCACAUACGGUUUGUUCCGGCGGAUAUUGGGAGUGGUAGCGUUUCAUACAACGCUCUCCCCUGUGCAUAGGUCGCCCUACUGGUUGCUCGGGUACGCGGAGGUGCCUGCAUUCUUGGCGAUGUUGAGUGGCUGGAGGACGUACUAGGUGUCGAUUCGGGUGGACGCUGUGGCUGUUGCAUUGCUGGCGGUGGUGUUCGCUACUUGCAGAGAGCGUGGGGGCGGGUGGCUGGGUGAGGCCAAGCGUUAUAUGUUGAAUUCUUGAAUAGGAGCUGAGUGAUCACACGACCGUUUCAGCUGCCCCGUGCAAACCGUGGCAACGUCAUCCCUACCCACUUGGCUGCAGCAGCUGAGCUGGUGGGAUGACCUCAGAGCCCAGACAAGCUAACCCAGAAUGGACUCGACGCAGUGGGCUGCUGGAGUCUAGCAUAGAGUUACCAAGUAUCCAGAGUCAACUUUCACACAACAAAGCGAAGCACAAAGCUGCUAGUCCAGCGCAGAUUUACGCUACUAACGUGCGCGUAAGUCGGAGGAGCUAGUGCACGACGGAGGG